AUAAAAUAGUCGAUUUAAGUUUAAUUAUUAAAAUAACUUUUAAAGAAACUUGAAAACUGAAGAUGGAAACUAAAAAAGAUAAAUCUUCUUUUGAAGGUUUACAAAAAAUAAAAAAAGAGGUACCAAAAACAACAUCAACGAUUAAAAGCAUACUGGAGCCACGACAUUAUAUAACAUCCCAAAUGCCAUAUGCUGAUAAAAGGUAUAAUCUUAAAGAAUAUAAUCCUCCACCAAAUGAGCUUGGUUUUCUUGGUGGUCUUGGAAGAAAAUCCGGCACAAUGAGAUCGAGAGCUCAUAUUCAACGACCAUCUGCCAAUCAAAUUCUAUUUAAAAUGAGAACUGCAAAUAGAAUUUUAGUAUCAUUUACAGAAGAUUUAGGCCUUACAAAUUCAAUGAUAAGCAAGCAAACUAAAGCAAUAGUUUCACCAAAACCGUUUCAAAAUUCCAUUAAUGAUGAUUUAAAAGUCUUGGUAUCUAGAGUACAAAUAGCUGAUAAUAUUAUUAAAAAAAAUUCAAAGAAAAAGCAAGCAAGUUCUACUACUUCAGAAACGGAAGGAGAAAUUAAAAAACCUGAAAAGUCAGUACAAAUUGUUGCUCUAAAAGGAAAGAAAAAGCCACUCCGUCUAACACUUGGAACAGUAAAAAAGAUAUCUAUAGUAUCUGCUCUAAAAGGAGAGCCUGUAAAACCUCUGCCUCCAGAUGAACCAAAAAAUUUUCGGGAAUGGGCUUUAGCUGAACGUGAAAAAAGAUUUCAAGCUCUACAGCAAGUUUCAUAUCAACAGAUCAAACAGGAACGCGAAGCAAAUGAAAUAUUUCCAAAAGUUAAGAAAAUGCCAAAGAAUUUUUUUAAUAAAACAAAAAAUAAGAAAGACUUGAAUCAACAAUUUCCUGGAGCAGAACAUCUUGGUGGCUAUCUAUAUGGUUCAUAUCCCAAAACUGUUAUAGAUAGCACAAUGGAGAAUGAAACAAAAUUUCAUGUACCUUUAAGUAUGUUUAGUCGUGCUGAAGUUGAAUCAAAAAUUCGUGCUUCAAGUAGAAAUAAAAUUCAAAGUGCACGUUUAGAAUACAUGAAAAUACCUCAAAUUCCAUCAGAUUCUGAUGACGAAAGUGACGAGGUUCUUGAAGAUGGGAUUGGAUUAGGAUUGAUUCGGACGCCCUAUUUUAGCAUUCCAACAAUUUAUACACAGAAGAAAAGAAGGAUUGAUCGUUUGAAAAAUAAGCAUUUGAAUGGUAAUCGAUUAAAAAGAAUCAAUAUGCUUUUGUUCGAUAGAAAAAUGAGUGCUGAGAAGAAUAAAGUAAAGUAUGCAGGAUCCGACAGUGAACGGUUUUCAUUUAAAAAUAGUAAAAGUGAAUUGAGAACUGAUUCGCCACUUUUAUUGAGAAGUAAAGAAUCGUCUCCACUGCCAAUGAUCGAGGAGAAGGUUGAGAAAGUUUUCGAAUCAGGAUAUAAACAACGGUAUCAUAAGUUUUUAGGCAAGAAAUAUCUUCAAAAAUUAGAUCAAUACAAUGAGCGUUUGAAUAAGAAAUUAAAUGAAGAAGCAGCAAUGGCAGUUUCACCUGGUAGUGGAGUAACAAUCAAAACGAUUACAGAUGGAAAAUCAUUUCAUGACUAUAGUUUAGAGACAAUAUCAACAAAUUUUCCGUCAUCUACACCAGAUAUUCAAAAAGACCCUGCAUUCAAAAGACAAAAGAGAAAAGUGAAGAAAAAUCUCAUAUUUUCUAAGACAGAUAAUCAUAUGGGAGGUUUUUACUUCGAUCCAUAUCUAUUGGAGAAAAUUCAUAAUCCGGAAAAAGGAAUGAAAAUAAUGAAAAACUAUACUAGUCUCAUGAGAUCACAAUCAAACAUACGAAAUAGAUUGCAAGUUAAUGCAUCAGCAUUUGAUGAGGAAUAUUGUGGUACAGAAAAUACUGGAAAUUUUUAUCAUCGCCUGGUGACCGAAUGGGAUUCAUAUUAUAUCAAUGAGAUACGCCAUCGACCGACAGUCAAAAAAUUUUGUGUUAAAAGCGAUAUCAUACGAAUAAGGGAAAUGGUGCGGAAGAAGUUUUUCCUCUAUUUCAUGCAGGAAGAUCUCAUGAAUUUAUAUGCCUCACAGGAAAUUGAGAAUGAAAUGAUAAACAAAACUACCAAAUUUAUUAAGGCCUGUGAACCACAAUUUAAGCAAUUACAGGAUGAAGCUUUCGCAAAAGCAAAAGAAAAAUUGGAAUUGGAGAAUGAUAUCAUACAGACAACCGAUAAAAUGAAAAAUGAAUUAAUGCAAUUAAAAGAUGAAUCUGAUUUGCUAAUGCAAAAUUUAAUGUGUAAUGAAAGAAAAUGGGAACAAAUUAUGAUGAUGCAGAAUUACUAUUAUCUCAUGAUGCCUCCAAUGUGGCGCUUAGAAAAUGACUGGAUUCAUCGUAAUAGAAGUGGUCAACUCGAUUUUCUUAAAAAGUCUGUUGUUUACUGUAAAAAAAUUCAUAUUCGUUCUAAAAGCAUUACGGAAAUUUCUCUUCAUGCAAUCAAAGAAUUUUUCGAAAAAUCAAUUUUGCCAAAACGUCUAAAUCAUAUGAGACAAAUUAAUCCGGAAGUAAGUUUAUUGAAGGCUUCGUUAGAUGAUAUAAAAACAAAUGUCCUUGGUAUCCUAAAUAAACACAAUGAGAUAAUGCUGAGAUCAUCGGAAAUUUCAUUUCAGCAACAACAACUUGAAAGAACGAUUCCGUUUAUCAUUUCUGCUUAUCAAGAAAAUAUGUCGCAUAUACAACAAAAAGUAGACUUUAUAGAAAAACGAAUUGAGUUUCUCAUCAAGGAGGUCGAAGUGACAUCGAAUUUGCCGCUCAUUAAAUGUGUAAAAAAUAUUUUCAUGAGAAAAAUUGAUGCAAUUAGUCGACAUUUGUGCAAAACCUUAUUUACAGAGACUUUCAAGAUUGAUGAAUCGAUCAAAAAGCAUACGCUUGUUGAAAACUUUUGCAUGAUAAGCAAUAGAGCGUUGGAUUUAUUAAGUCAACUUGACACACUUCCAAUAGAUAUACUUCAUUCAGCAGAAUAUGAAUCCCGAGUUCACCGCCGUGAUAAAUUGCGCUUGGGCAAAUUGGCAAUGAAUGAGCAAAAUUUAUGCCAAUUUUUGGAAAAACAGCUCCGAAAUCAUUUUACACCAACAUUCCAACCCAAGCGAAAACGUAAGAGAGGAAAACACGGAUGGAAACCUACUUCAACGGCAGUCAGAAUGGUUACAAAAUCACCGCAUUUUGGAAAAUAUAAUUAAUAAUAAAUUAUGAUAAAUUGACA